AUGGGAUUCAAUGACCGUUGGAGGAGGUGGAUCAUGGAGUGCAUGUCAACAGUCAAUUACUCUUUCACGAUCAAUGGUCAAACCAGAGAAUAUGUGACUCCCCAGAGAGGAAUUAGACAGGGAGAUCCGUUGUCACCAUACCUGUUUCUCUUAUGUUCAGAAGGACUCUCUAGCUUACUCCACACAGCUACGGAGGAAAAAAGGAUAAUGGGUUUAAAAAUCAGUAGACUUGGUCCUACUGUGUCCCAUUUAUUUUUUGCUGAUGACUCGCUGAUAUUUUGCAAAGCCGACCCAAACAAUGCAGCUGAAUUGAGAAGGAUUCUCCAGGUGUAUGAGAAGGGUACUGGACAGAUGGUUAACUUGGAGAAGUCUUCAGUUUUCUUUAGUAAAAAUGUGGAUCAGCAACUACAAUUGGCUACUUCUCAAGCUCUAGGGGACAUUCAGAUUGUUAAUAAAGGGAGAUAUCUGGGGCUUCCAAUGGUAGUUACUCGAUCCAAACAUCAGUUGUUUGGGUACAUUAAGGAUAAUAUCCAACAUAGGCUACAAAGGUGGAAAAAUAAGUUGUUGAGUGCGGCUGGGAAAGAGGUAAUGCUUAAGGCAGUUGCUUAUGCCCUGCCAACUUACACUAUGUCAUGCUUCAAGAUCCCUAAAAGGAUGUGUAAGGAUAUAAACUCCAUCAUGGCUAAUUAUUGGUGGGGAGAGGCCAAUGGACGAAACAAAAUGCAUUGGAGCUCUUGGAGUAACAUCUCGCGGGACAGGAAAUCUAGAGGACUAGGAUUGAAAGAUUUAGAGGCCUUUAAUAUAGCUUUACUAGGGAAGCAAGUGUGGAGAUUACUCACUCAACCAAACUUGCUUGUUAGUAAAGUGCUUAAAGCUCGAUAUUUUCCUAAGGAGUCCAUUUUCAACUGCAAGGUUCCUGCAAAUGCUUCGUGGAUCUGGAAAGGAUUGAUGGGGGCAAGGAAGGUUAUGGAGGGAGGAAUUCGGAGGAGGAUUGGGAAUGGGAAAAGUACCAAUAUAUGGGAUGAUUGCUGGAUUCCAGAUGCUCAUUUGGGCAAGGUGUCUUCACCUAAACCAAAGGAAACCGUGCUUCACAAGGUUCAUGACUUGAUACAUCAGCGAAAAUGGAUCCGACCCCUAAUAUUUGCGACUUUCAGCAAGCAGGAUGCAGAAAAAAUUUUGAAUAUCCCCAUCAGUUUAGGGGACAGAGAGGAUCGCCACUACUGGAUCCACGGAACUAAUGGCAUCUAUACUGUGGGCUAUGCCACACAGGUCUGGAGGUUAGCUCCCAUCCAAUGGGAUGUAACUCUGGACUACCAAGGUUGCUUCAAGAAGUGGUGGACCACUGUGACAGAAGCCAAAGAUAGAACAGAAGGAAAUGAUCACCUAUCUUUAACAGCCAACAUCCUCUGGCACAUAUGGAAAAGCAGAAAUGCAAGAGAGUUCGAUGGUAAGCAAAGGCAGCCAUGGAAAACGGUUCAGAAAGCUCAGGAAGAGUGGUUUGAAUUUAAGGAAGCUAAUGACAUACCAUCAACACGGAGUACAGAGGAAACAAGAACUCGGCAGUCACAAGUGCAGCUACAAGAGCAAGGCCAUGAUUCAGUGACACUGAGACUAGCAAUACAGGUGCGAAAGGUCACUUCUCAACUUGGAAUUGGGAUCAUAUGCACUAGGAAUUUUCAACGCCAGGCUCAAGGGUGGGCACUACAUGAGAGAAGUUCUGGGAAUCAUCUCAUUGGUGAAUUAGAAGCUGUCAAAUUACUGCUCAGUAAAGCUGCUGUCUACCAGUUCGACAAUAUUCAGGUGCAGUUGGACAAUAAGCGAGUUUUUCAUCUAAUUCAGAAUGCCAAAACGCUGGACAUGCGCGUCACAACACUGCUAGAGGAUAUUCUCACUUUGAAGGCCUUGUUUCGAAUGUGCUCCUUUUGCCUAGUUGAUGGAGAUAAUAAUCAUUUAAGUAAUAGGAUUAGCGCUUAUGCGUUGAAUAUCAUUCAAGAUGAGGAAUUUGUGAUUCCUUAG